GGUGUGGAGCCGAGCGGGUCGUUAUGGCCGAGAUACACGGAGCUGCGACGUUAAAGAAGUGCAUGGAGGUGCUAAGGGAUGCUAGGAACGACAGCGAGCAGCUGGCAGCACUGCUGAUGGUGACUAAAGCGGUUAAAGCUGGAGAUCUGGACUCUAAGACCCGACGUCAGAUCUUCGAUGCCAUCGGCUUCACGUUCCCCAACCGGCUGCUGAGCUCCAGUCAAACCCCACCAGGCUGCCCUGAAUACAUGUUUAAAGCGCUGGGUCUCACCCUGCUGGGUUGUUUCUGUACCGAACCGGAGCUGGCUGGACACACACAGAUCCUGAACAAAAUCCCGACCUUCAAUAGCGUCCUGCUUGCUCCCUUUAAUCCAGACUGCACGUCUAUGAUAGAUGAUGCGUAUCAGUGUCUGACUGCUGUUCUGGCCACUCCCAGGGGUCCCAGGGAGAUGGUGAGCAAAGGAGCGGUGUCUGCUCUGUGCCAGGCUUAUAUCAAUGGUGGUUAUGGCUCUGAGCGUGCCCUGGAGCUGCUCUUGGGGCUGCUGGCUGUAUCAGAGGUGAAGUGCUGGCAGAGGGAUGCCCCGCACCUCCUGGCUGUGCUGGGGAAGCUCUGUGAGCAGUUUGUCAAGGCUGAAGAUGCCACCAAGUUUGAGCUGUGUCAGCUGUUGCCUCGCUUCAUCCCCCUCUCACCACCACUUGCUGAGGUCUCACAAGGCUCCGAGUGCAUCCAGCAGCUUUACAAAGGGCUGGCUGAUAUUCUGGGCAGUAAACUCAGCCAGUCACAGAGGGAUCCUGCUCUGAAGCUUGCUGCCAGCAUCGUGCAGGCCUGUGGGGCAGAGUGGAUCCCAGCAGGGAGAACUGGCAGCAAGUUCCUGGCCUUGCUGGUGAACUUGGCUUGUGUGGAGAUCCGCCUAACCCUAGAGGAGCCCAAUCCCAUGGAGGUGGAGGGGAAAAAAGAAGUGAUAACGGCCUGCUACGUCCUUAUCGAGAUGGGGAUCCAGGAGUGUCUGAAAGGAGAGGAAUCGCUGCUAGAUGAAGCACAGAGAAUGCAGCUCAUGAGGAUCAUGGAGGAAGCAUUUGGAGCCGUAGUGUUUUACUUGAGACAGGUGAAAGAGGAGGAGCUACAGGAUCCUUUCAUAUUCGCUUCUGUUCGGAUCCUUGGAGCCUGGAUGGCAGAAGAGACAUCCUCCCUCAAGCAGGAGAUCUGUGAGCUCUUACCUUUCCUUGUUCAUUAUACCAAGAAGCUUUUCAAAGAGGGUGGCCCAGCAGAGAAUCUUCCCCAGGCAGCUGGGCUGGUCGGCAGUGACAGCUCCAUCUUAACCCAGGAUGCUCUGAGAUUUCUACUACCUGGAUUUUGCCAUUUAACAGCAGAGGACAGACCCAGAGACAUCCUCAUCUCAGAAGGGGCACCAGCACUACUGUGUGACUACUUCCUGCAUCACUGGGAGGUGCUGACCUCUCAGCCUGGGUCCCUGACGAGCACUGAGAUGAGUCUGCAGACUUUAUGUGGGAUCUUCCUUAACCUGGUUGUGACUGCACCAGACCUCAUCAGGCAGGAAAAAGCCUUCUCUUCUUUGAUGGACACAUUGCUGAAGUCUCUUCCCUUCCUUCUACCUCAGAAGGAUCAUUUGGUUCUAGCAGCCAACAUUGCCACUCUGGGCUUGAUGAUGGCAAGGAUCCUUUCAAGUUCAGCAGUUCUUCAGAAGACUGGGCCUGCAAAGGAAUUUUUCAGAGCCACCAUUCGCUUCUUGUCUCAGGCUCACACAGCCCAAGCAGACCCUGGUAGCCAUGGCUUAGCUCUGGCCAUAUCCCCUGCCUAUGUGAGUGCCUGGGAUGAUAUCCGUGAGCUCUGGUUCCUGGGGAUGCAGGCCCUGGCCAGCUGUGUGCCUCUUUUCCCCUGGUUGCCACAAGCUGUGCUCCAGGCACAGUGGCUGGAAGAGCUCUCAGAGUUACUGAGACGAGUCACUGCAGCCUCAGUGGAUUUUGAGCUCAUUGCUGCUUUCCAGGGUGUGCUGGUUGAGUUGGCCAGAGCCAGCGAGCCGUGCAGGGCAGUGAUCCUGUCACACCACGGGGAGGAAUGGGCCAACCUUUAUGGGAUGGCAGCUCUGGAACAGUGUCUGUCCAAGCAAUAAAAAGCCAUUUUUCAGCAGCCCCUGGUGUGGGACACGAGGCCAGAAACCUUGUGCAGCAAGGACAAGAAACACUUAAGGAACCAACAUCAUAAAACCAACAACGCAGCAGAGCUCUACGGGAUUUUCUCCCUCCAGAACCCAACACAGAACUGUUAUUGCUUCAGAACGUUGCAAGAUGCACCUAAUUUAUCUUCUGUCAGCGUUUUGUUUUAAAAACCAGAUCAUUUGACUAUUAAAGAGGUUUUCUAUUCCAUUUCCAAA